UUUGUUAUUGUUUACAUUUAAAUUCAAAAUUCUUUUACAAAAUGUUACUUUCAACCAAUAUUCAUCAAUUUUUAACUGAAAACAUACUGGACCUGUUGAAAAAAAAGGAAAUCUACUCUGUACUUGAUUUUCUAAAGGUUGACAAUAAUUCCCUAACUAAAUACUGCCCUCUAACUUACCCUGAAGUUAUUGAAUUAAAACGGUUUUUAUCAAAGAAAUUUUCUGCCCCACCAAUAAAAGCUCUCUCGCUCUAUCAAAAGAUCCUUAAAAAGUCUGCCCUCAUAUCAACAUAUAUACCCGAAUUGGACACUCUUCUACAAGGGGGCCUAUUUACUGGAACAAUUUAUGAGUUGAGUGGUUAUGCUGAUUCUGAAAAGACUGAACUAACCUUAACUAUGAUUCAAAACUUAAUAAUAAAUGGGAAAAAGGUGUACUUCUUGGACCCCAAAAAGGACUUUUCUGCUAUGAAUAUGAGAGCUAGACUUUUAAAAACUGAAGAAGAGGAAAAAAGCUUGAUUUUGCUAAAAAACAUACUGCUGCUCCAAAUAUCUGAUAAGUAUGAGCUCAUAAGUGCCUUAUUCAGUAUAAAAGAUGAAAUCAAAGCGGGUUUAGACAUCCGAAUCAUAAUAAUUCAUUCAAUAUCAACAAUCUUUUUAAACUCAAUGGAUUAUAGCGAAAACAAUAAUAUUUUAAACCAUAUGGCCAAUGUUUUAAGGUAUAUCGCCCUAGAAUUAAACACUGUGGUGAUUGUGACCAAUCUUAUGACAAUUUGGAUUGAGGGAUUGAAUGAUGAAAGCCGAAAAGAGACAAAAAAGAAAGCUUGUUGUGGCAAAUAUUGGAGUAGUGUUCCGAAUGUGAAAAUCGAAGUUGGUUCUAAAAAUCAAGAGGGAGGUUGUGAAAUUGAACUAGUUAAGUUUAAUAAUGUCUGGCCUAAGGAUAAAACCAUUACUAUACCUGCCGAUAGAUUUAGUUAAGUAAUAAAGAUAUUAUUUGGUAAUAUGUACAAACCCUAUAUUAAUUUAUUCUAUGUAAUGUUUUCAUGAAAUGUACUGGUCCUUCUGUAAAUAACAAAUAAAAUAUAUAUAUUUUGCUACUACAUAA